ACUCGAUACCUCGAGUUGGACAACUUCAAGCACUAUGGCCGAAGGAGGACAACCCGCAAUGGACCCGAGUGCAGCUCCAGCUGCCGCCGCCUCACCUGUUGACGCCGGAGUUGCUCCACCAGGUGCUCCAGAAACUGGAGGAUCUCAAGUUGGUACAGGAGGCGGACAAGACGCAUCGAUUGGAUUCGUGACGAAGACAUAUGCCAAUUAUGUUCAGGACAUCCAACAGGCUGCAGAAGGGCUCCGCCAACGUGCCACUGCUCUCCAACAAGAAGGGCCUGCUCAAAUCCAACAGCUCCAAUCCCAAAUCCAACCACAAACCCAGGAGCUCCUCUCGGCUCUUCAAGAGACCCAACAACCAGUCGGCUUAGCAACUUCCUCAGUCGUUGAAAUCUUCGGAUGGUCUUCGAUCCUUCUUCUUGGCGCCGGCAUCGCCAGCAUCAUUGGUGGCUACGUGCUCUCGCCAAUCUUUGGAAUUUUCAUCGGAAGAGGUGGUGCGGCAAUUUUCGCAUCGCUUGUACUCCCUGGAGCCGGUGCAUAUUACUUGAAUGCCGAGGAUGGCUCAACGUCUGCGACAAGAUUUCAGCUGUUGGUUUUGGCAUUGGCUCAAGGAAUCCUGAUGGGACACUCGAUCUCGUACACCUACUUGAGCGGACAGCCUCUCGGAUUCAUUACUCCAAUGGUUAUUGCAUUCGCAUAUCCGUUGAUUGCUGGACAAGUUGGUACAGCUCGUGCUCCAUUGUUGGGUGGUGCAAUCGGUGCGGCUCUCGGGGUUCAGCUUUUGCUUGGAAUCGUCUCUGGAAGUCUCUCUUUCUCCUAUUUCAUUUUGAGUGCCCUCUACAGCGUUGCUUCCGGUGCACUUCUUCAAAUUGCCAACAAGAAUAUGACGCCACCAAGCAGACACCACAUGUAUCAAAUGCUUUUGGUCUCUUCGUUCCUUUUCUCCAAAGCUUUGGUCUAUGGAUUGUUUGGAUCUGCUGGGCCACCAAAGGCUUGAAUUGAACUUCCAUCCGUUUUGUGCAAAUAAAAUGCAUUACAAAGCU